CUCUCUCUCUCUCUCUCUCUCUCUCUCUCUCUCUCUCUCUCUCUCUCUCUCUCUCUCGCGCUGUGUGUGUCAGCUCGGGGACGCGCGCGCGGCUCGGAGCGGGAGUCAGAAAAUCAAAACAGAGCAGAAAAGCGAGUGGAGGAGGAUUAAAGCACACCGGGACGAAGCGGAAAGUGUAGUGAGUGGACAUUAAGGUGUUAAAUAUCCGCUUGCCAACACGGAGUACCGUUUUUGUUUCUUCAGUGAGUGAAAAGGACCUCAGAACAUUUUCGAGUUUUUCUUUUUUCCCCUCACGGAUGUGUAAGGUUGGUGUUAGCGUGGCGCGGUUAGCCGGUAAUUCACACUAGUGUAAAUAACUGCAAAAGAAAAAAAGAAAGAAAAAGAAAAAAUUGGCAACGAAACUACUUUGACCAAACUGCUGAAUGGUGCUUUUGUGAGCUUUAUUGUUAAGUUGUUUCCUUGUGGCUGAAGAAAGACUGAGUGGAGGACACAUUGUAACAAACACAAGAUGAUUUCUUCUUCUUCUGCUUGGACAUGUUGUGAUUAAAGCCUCUCCCCAGAAGCUUAACUGUGUCGCUGUGAAGAGGUUUUGUAUAAAAAGAUCAGGCUUGAGGUGUGUUUCACAGAAGCUUUUUUUGCGCUUCAUGUGAUGAUGAAGAAGAGGAAACUCCACUGAUCUGAGAAUGACAAGCUUUUCCUGAUCCGAUAUUCAGGCACAAGUUUGGCGUCUGACCUUUUCCUUGUCAGAGACUGAGAUUGAGUGAUACUUUAACAGGAAUAGAUCUCCAGACUAUGGGAAUGAGAGAGAUCAGGAUCAGGAGUUAAUCCGAAUUGUCCAAGAAGACUGAGAUCACUUCCUUGUCCUAUGGACGAUUAUCGUGAACCCUAGCUUGCUCUGUGGUAACAUUUCAGACAUUUUGACACAUUUCGUGUCUCCUCGGAGUCUCGGGCAGCGGCCCCUCGGCCAGACUGCCAUAUAAUACAGCGGCUUUCUGAGCUUCAUUCUUCUUUCCGCUGUCACUAUGGAGGAGUGGAGACAGUGUGCCCGGUGGCUCAUCGACUGCAAGGUCUUGCCCCUGAAUCACCGGGUGGUUUGGCCCUCGGCUGUCGUCUUCGACCUGGCCCAGGCGCUCCGAGAUGGGGUGCUCUUGUGCCAAAUGCUGCACAAUCUGUCACCAGGAUCUGUAGACCUGAAGCAGAUCAACUUCAGGCCUCAGAUGUCACAGUUUUUGUGUCUGAAGAACAUCCGGACAUUUCUCAAGGUGUGCCAUGAUAAGUUCGGUCUGAGGAACAGCGAGCUCUUUGACCCCUUCGAUCUGUUUGAUGUGAGGGACUUCGGGAAGGUGAUCUCUGCGCUGUCCAGAAUCUCUCACCACAGCAUCGCUCAGAUCAAAGGCAUCAGGCCUUUUCCAUCAGAAGACACAGCGCUAAACGAAGAUGACGUCUACCGAAGCUUGGAGGAACUGGCCGAUGAGCACGAUGUGGGUGAGGAUGAUAUCUACGACUGUGUGCCGUGUGAAGAUGAAGGAGAUGAUAUCUAUGAGGACAUCAUUAAGGUGGAAGUUAGACAGCCCAUGAUCCGAUACAUGCAGAAAAUGGGCAUGACUGAGGACGACAAGAGAAACUGCUGCUUGGUGGAGAUCCAGGAGACAGAAGCGAAGUAUUACAAGACACUGGAGGACAUUGAGAAGAGUUACAUGAUCCCCCUGAAGCAAGUCCUUACUCCACAGGAGAUGAAGGCCAUAUUUGUGAAUCUAGAGGAUAUCAUCAGAGUCCACUUUGCCUUGCUGAGGGCUAUCGACCAGAACAUGGUGACUGGAGGCAAUGGACUUGGAAAGAUCUUCCUGGACUUCAAGGAGAGGCUGCUGAUCUAUGGACAGUACUGCAGUCACAUGGAGCAUGCUCAGAAGACGCUAGACGACCUGAUUGCCACACGGGAGGAGGUGAAGUGUAAAGUGGAGGAGUGCACCAUGAAGGUACAGGAGGGCAAGUUCAAACUGCAGGAUCUGCUGGUAGUUCCUAUGCAGAGGGUCCUCAAAUACCACCUACUGCUCAAGGAGUUAGUGAGUCACUCGAUGGAUCGGCCAGAGAGACAGCAGCUGAAGGAGGCCCUGGAAGCCAUGCAGGACCUGGCCAUGUACAUCAAUGAGGUGAAAAGGGAUAAUGAGACUUUGAAGAAAAUCGGGGAAUUCCAGUGCUCAAUAGAAAAUUUGCAGGUGAAACUGGAGGAAUACGGGAGGCCAAAGAUAGACGGAGAACUCAAAGUGUGCUCUAUAGUUAACCGGACCAAACAGGACAGGUACAUCUUCCUGUUUGAUAAAGUGGUAAUUGUGUGCAAGAGAAAAGGCUACAACUACGAGCUGAAAGAAAUCAUCGAGCUCCAGUAUUACAAAAUGUCAGAUGACCCUACAAAUAACAGAGACAUGAAAAAGGCCAGUGGAAAGAUGUGGUCUUAUGGCUUCUACCUGAUCCAUCUGAAAGGCAAGCAAGGUUUCCAGUUCUUCUGUAAGACAGAGGACACCAAAAGAAAGUGGAUGGAACAAUUUGAGAUGGCCAUCUCCAACAUCAAGCCAGAGAGAGCCACGGCCAACCAGCACGACUUCCAGAUGCACACGUUUGAAAAGAACACCAACUGCAGAGCUUGUAAGAUGCUCCUGAGGGGGAUCUUCUAUCAGGGUUACUACUGUUCCCGCUGUGGGACCGGCGCACAUAAAGAGUGCCUGGAGGUCAUCACCAUCUGUAAAAUCAAUCCCCAUGAUUCGGAGCUUGGACUUCCACAGUCAGGUCCAAAGAUGGUUGCAAUCAGGAACUACCACGGCACUCCAGCUCCCCCGGGCAAGUGCCCCCUCUCUUUCCAGACAGGUGAUGUCAUUGAGCUUUUGAAGGGAGAUCCAGACACCUCGUGGUGGGAGGGGAAGCUCAUUCAGACCCUGAAGAUCGGCUACUUCCCCAGCUCUAGUGUGAAGCCAUGUCUAGACCCAAAGCCAUGUCAGUCUUUUCCUGGUCGUCAGUCCUCAAGAGAGAUGGAUUACAAUGUUUAUCCUUGGUUUGCAGGAAACAUGGAGAGGCAGCAGGCUGAUAACCUCCUGAAGUCUCACAGCAGCGGCACAUACCUGAUCAGAGAGCGAACCGCGGAGGCCGAACGCUUUGCCAUCAGCAUAAAGUUUAACGAUGAAGUAAAACACAUUAAAGUGAUAGAGAAAGACAACUGGAUUCACAUCACAGAAGCAAAGAAGUUUGAGAGCCUGCUGGAGUUGGUGGAGUAUUAUCAGUGUCACUCACUGAAAGAGAGCUUUAAGCUGCUUGACACAACGUUACGAUACCCAUACAAGUCCAGAGAGCGCUCCAACUCCAGAGCCAGCACCCGCUCUCCAGCAGCCUCCUGUGCUUCCUACAACUUCUCCUUCCUCAGUCCUCAAGGCCUCAACUUCUCUUCUCAGAGCUCUACUCCCUUCUGGUCAGUUUUCACACCGAAGGUGGUGAGCACAGCAGUGGCCAGAUAUAACUUUGCAGCUCGAGACAUGAGAGAGCUGUCUUUGAGAGAAGGCGACAUCGUCAAAAUCUACAGCAAGAUCGGAGGAGACCAGGGCUGGUGGAAAGGAGAGGCUAAUGGCAGGAUUGGCUGGUUCCCUUCAACAUACGUCGAUGAGGAAGGCGUGCAGUGAAGCUCUGAUGUCAUCUGCUCUCUCCAGUCAGAUUAUCUCUUGUCCACUUCCAUCUGGGAGAGGAUUUCUUUGGUUUCCGCAGAAACCCCUUGUGGAAUACAUACAUUUUUUGCUGGAAACUGAUUUUACAGUGAAUAUUUGUACUCCUAUUUCUUCAUUUCGAAUCUACUUUUUUCUUCUUCUUCUUCUGAACAUGUCUGUGUGAUCUGUGUGAAGAAAACUGGAAAUUGUUUCAGCUGGUCUGUUGGAGAAACAGAGCAGAGCAGAACUUCGUCUUGGGCAGAGCAGAGUUUCUGCUGAAUUUGUGUAAAAAUAGAUCUAUAAAGAUUUCUAUGGCCAAACAGCAUGGGCUGCGGUAGGGGUGUGUAUAGAUAAUUUAUUCCAGAGAAGUAUCUAUGAUUAAAAAAGAGUGGUGUUGAAAGUUUAUUAUGAAAGUAACCUGGAAAAGAUGCACUUUGCAUUUCUUUACAGAGAGAACUUGCCUUAGUAGUCAUUCUAAUGCCUUGUGGGCUGACAGGAGCGGUGGAAAUGUGCUGUGGGAAAAUUUUUUCAGAUACACACAAAUGAAAACACACCUCUGCCCUGUUUAGUAAUAUGGUGCCUUUAACAAAGUGCGGUCGCAGCUUUCAGACCACGCAUACAGGUUCUCCCUGAUCCAUCAACUCUGGACAUCACUCCAGCCUGGGAAGUCUUUCUGACGAGUAAUCUGUAACAAAAUGGAGGGUGUACUGGAAACAUCCUCAGGAAGAUGAUCAUCUCGGUGGAUGUGAGAAAAUAUGGUAUUGACGACUUGCUAUGCAGCUUGCUUACAGAUACGCUGAGCCUCCUGCGUACAGAGCUGAGAGUCGAACCUAAACACUUGGUGCAUUGAUGUGCGGAAAUAUGGUGAUCUCUUGGAAUCUGCAGUUUCCUUCAUUUUUUGUCCAAUUCCAGGACCAAUGCGAAACAUUUUAUAACACUGUUUGGUUGAAUAUCACAUUUCUAAUCACACCUGUAACAAUUUUUUCCUGAUUUUUUUGUUGUUAAUUCUUUUAUCUUGCCUUACUGAUUGGUUGGCCAAUGGUGCUGCAGUGGUGUGUUUUUAAUCUGUAGGUUCGUAACAGGAUUCUGUGGACUAAGAGCCCACUGCUUUACCUGAACCUCAGCCAUCAAGUGCACUUUAUCCAUCAGAGACCAUGAAACAGGCUGCAAGACAAAAAGUUCUCAUGUCAGGAAAUAAACAAGGACAGUUAUACAGAUGGACUGCCUUUCUGAAAAUCAUUGUCUUCUAGACCCAAUUUCAAAUCAUCCUCUGAUAGAGAAAGAGUACUCUGUGAUUUUCCAACACACUGAUGAUCGAGCCUGUCAGUACUUAAUCGUAUUUCUGAACUCCUCCAAAGCUGCACUGAUAUCAGCCCGUCAUGUAAUCUACUGAAAAACAUCACAUUGCUGUGUCCCAUCAACCAACACUGGCACUAUUUUACAAAAAAGCUGAUGGAGGAGAUGGAUGGUAUGUGCGUAUCUGGUGAGAAAUGUUCACUGGCCAGCAUCAGGCCUGAUACAUUCUGUGGUUUAGCCACGGAGCUUCAUUGCUGUUUGUGUAGUGGACAAAAAGCCAUUGCAUGUGCUCAUAGUUAUUACAACUCCUGUCAGUGACCCAAAAAAAUGAAUAAAUAAACUAAUUGUGUACUUUUUUGAAUGGUCAGUUAUUUCCAGACUGAAGUCUAUCACGAAAUAAAUAUUUCUUCUUUUGUCUAA